CUUGCCAUCUACAACUUUCCACACGACAAUGUCGGACAGCGAUGAAGAUUAUUACACAGUCCCCUUGAAAGAUCAGCGAUAUUUUGGAGCCGGCAUCAAACGACAGCGCGUCCGUUUCGUCCCCUCGUCGACGACCGAGUCUGCGACACCCGCCGGCGCAUCCACUCCUUCAGCCCUCUCAGCCAGCGAACGCUACCUUUCCAUUGUCUUUCCCAAAGCCUCCUCCGAGCCACCGCCAUCCACCGAGUCUGUGUCAGAAGAGAAAGAGCCAAAGACAUGCGACGUCUGUAAAUCACAAUAUGAAGGCGACGAGGCCGCACACUGCACUUCGCUAGUCCACCAGAUCGCUGUACCACACUCACAUCCUCCUUCCGCUCUGGACAGAAAGAGAAAAGGCUUGUCCAUCUUGCAAUCAUAUGGCUGGAAUCCAGAUGAGAGACUAGGUCUGGGCGCGCAAAGAGAGGGCAUUCUACACCCCGUCAAGGCGAAAGAGAAGCGUGACACUGUCGGCUUGGGCGUCAACCUCCAUGACGAUGAGCCGACCCUGAAGAAGAAGAGAAAGACUGCAGAGAAACCAAGACCUGUCGAAAGGCUGGAUGCUGGGAAGGUCAGGAAACUGGAAAUGGUCAACAAGAAGAAGCAUCAAUCCUUGCAGAACAUGUUUUACGCCAACGAUGAUGUUGCCAAAUACCUCGGUCAUGGUUGAGACGUGUUUCUUAUCACUGUCCGUCAAUACACUCCCUCACCUGCUCUCAAGUCAUCAUGGAAUAACUCACACCAUAUCCACGGCAUGACACAACUCUCGCCAGUACCAACUUAC